CGCCCCGCCCUCCCCGCCCCCUCGGAGCCCAGGUGGAGGUGCCGUGGCAGCUCCCUCCGCCGCUGGGUGCUCAGCCUCCGCCCCAGGGGAUACUCUGUAGAAAGUGUCCGUCUGAGCGUCGCGGAGUCCCGGCUCUCUUGGCACAGGUGUUGGCGAGAGACCCAGGCUGGCUGCAGACUGGUGUUGAGUCCGAUGGGUUGGGACCCUUGAGAGAUAGCGUCUUGGGGGUGCUCCGCGUUUCUGAACAAGUUUGCCUAUUUCCAGAAAGAAAUCUUUUCUGGGGUACACACUGUAUGAGAUUUCAGCAUUUCAGAACGGUCCUCAUUUUAAUGGAGCUCUGUGCUGACAACUUGGGCAGGGCUAGAUUUCCAGGCAUGAACUUGACUUGCGGGCCUUUGGGAAACUGUAGAUGUGGGGAGCGCACAGCCUCCUAGGGAAGCUGCGUCCAGUCCGUGGGACCAGGGCAGAGCCCGCUGCACUGAGGGUAUAUAAAUAAUGCCUGUUUACACAGGCUGCUUUGGAACUAGGGAUUUCCGGUUAAUAAAUAUUAUUAGAUGGAUGCACACGAGCGUGUGCCUGUUUGUCAGAAGGGAUAGAGUCACUUUGCUUCUUUUUGUUUUCCCUUUAAUUCUUUGAUAAAUCACUGGUCCUAGGAGAGUUUAGGUUAAUUCCCUUUCUUUUUCCGCAGCAAUGAAGACACCGUAGGAAUCAAUCUUAACUGGUUUCAGCAAAAACAGGGGAUCUGAGCUUGGCGUGAUGCCAUUAGCCACUGAAAAUAUUCACUACUUCUCCCUACCCUCUAGCUGAUGCAUUUGGAAGUUUUCUGUAAAUGUUUAUGUCUGAAUGCUAUAUAGAAGUGUUUUUAAAUGUGUGUAAAAUAGACGUAAGUUUUUAUUUUCUCAAAAUGAUUCUCAAGCCAAACAUCGUAAAAGUAGAUGGUAUUGGGAACAACAUGUUGGAAGACAAUAAGCAAACAAAGUAAAAAGAGAGAGAGGAAGGAAGGAAUCUUAUUUUAAAAAAAAAUGUGCUUUUUACCCAGCGUUCCAUUCCAUUGUGGGGUGCUCUCUUAAGGUCUUCAAAUUAGUGAAUGGGCUAGUAAAACUUAAGCAUUUAUUUUCAAAAGCUUAAGAACAUUUUAAAAAUCCUUAUGAUUUUUAGGUAGGCUUAUUUUUCCAUUUCCAUUCAGUUCUAAAUACAGAUUAUCACACUAUUCUGUGUUUUCCUCAUCAUUUUUAUAAGAAGGAAAAUGUGUUACAAUCACAACAUCAGUUGCGAUUAGGAGCUUCUUUAAAAAAUGGUUAUCAUGGAAAAUCAAGCAAUUUGGGAGGAGCCCAUUCAACUUUUGGGAGCCAGGGAUCCUUGCCCCUCCUUACUCUGGUUACUUGAGUAUCAGUAAUUCAAAAGGAAGCGUUUUAUUGCCGUAAGUGCCCAAACUUGCCUGGGGGAUACAGUGAUGUUCACCUGCUGUCUUCGACCUUGUUUCCCAGUCCAGGUUCAAGGAAAAGAUUGGGUCAAAUCUAUGCCUAAUUCCAGCAAAGUGGAAUUUUCUUUUUAUGUUGGGGAGGGGAGUGACCCUUAAUCAUCUGCCUAAUUACACUUCAAAUCUCUGCUUCCCUUUGAGGAAGUACAGUGUUUCCUUUGUUCAACCAACUCCUACUGAAAGAAAGCUAAUAGAGACAAAUCAGUUCCCCCCCCCCCCCGUUGAUUUUUUUUUUAUUAUUUCAACAGGCCUUUUAAUUCCAUUAAUUUCUGUCUUUUCUGAAGAGAUGUACAUAUAUAUUUGGAAUAUAGUAUAUUAUUAAAAUAGACUAACUGUGGAUAAUGGGGAAAUGUAAACAUUAAGAAAAGACCUGGUUGAUUAUGCUUACUAGCCCAUAGUUUAGUAGAUUUCAAUUGAAAAAAAUUGACAAGGGCCCUGAAUCUUAUUCUACAGUCUAGUCUAUUUAUAGACUAGUCUAUUUAUAGACAAAGUAAGUGCCCCCUCCCACAAAUUGUUCUGAAGCACAGGCCAGCAAGGUAUUUCCUACCCUCCUAGGUGGUCUGGCAAGACUGCUGCAUGAAAUCAUCUGCCUCCUGAUGCAUUACUGACAGCAACAAGUAUUGGGAAACUGACAGAAGAUGAUAAUUGUUAUUUAUCUGUUUUCUCUUGAGAGUACCCUAAACAAUGGAAGUCAGUGUCACAGGGAGUUCACAUUUAAAUGCAACACUCUGAGUAUCUUUUUAAAAGGCUUGAUAGUUUUGAUAUAGCUCCUAGGCAUUAUGAAGCAAUCCAGAUAACAUGCAGGAAAGACAGUGGUUCUAAGUCCAUUUGUAGAAGUGAGCCCGGUCCAUGCAGCACAGUGCAAAAUGAAAAUUUGGCAAAAUUUUAGCAAAUUGAUUGGCGUGAAAUGCCAAACAGAUAAAUAGGUGAAAGUGUAUUAUCCAGACUGGCUCUUAACUUUGAUGAAAUUCAGCACAUAAACUCUCCAAUUAAGCACGUGUUACAAAGAUGAGAGACUUGGUAUUUUGCAAAAAUAAGCUUGGUGUUGCACACACCUGAAUGUGCUUAACAGGUGAGCUGUAAUGGAACCAAAGGGACGUACAAGCACAAAUCAUUUCCCCGGGGAAAGUUAAUGUCCUCCCUAUUUUCAGUGGCACCCAUGAAGUUUGACUUCUCAGAAUGGUUUUGCCAUUUCAUGAUUACUAUUUUGUGAAUCACAUUGAACAGAGGCAUCAUUUUUUGAGAUUCUAAUUUCAGGUGUUUUUGAAAAAAAAAAACAACACAAAAAAACACAGUUUGGAUGUGAGAAAGGACAUGAGGAGACCAAAGACCUGGGAUUUUGCUGAUCAGAAUGAAACAAAUGUUGAAAGACUUUUCAAAUCUACUCUUGGUGGUACUUUGUGACUAUGUUCUUGCAGAAGCUGAAUACCUCCUCUUGGGAAAGGCCGGCCAUGUAGCACUAAGCAACAAUACAGUAUCGGUGGGUUUCCAGUAUGUCAGUGGGGCUAAUGGGACGCUGAGGAAUGUAUCUAUCCUGUUGUUGGAGGCCAACACCAAUCAGACUGUUACCACCAAAUACCUCCUGACCAACCAGUCCCGGGGAACACUGGAGUUCGAAUGCUUCUACUUCAAGGAGGCAGGGGACUACUGGUUCACCAUGACUCCGGAAGCGGCAGACAACAGCACUCCAGUCCACCUGUGGGAGCAAAGUGCCUUUCUCAAGGUGGAAUGGCCUGUCUUUCAUGUUGACCUGAAUAGGACAUCCGGGGCAGCAGAAGGCACCUUCCAGGUGGGCCUUUUUACCAGUCAACCACUGUGCUCAUUCCCUGCGGACCAACCUGACAUCUUGGUGGAUGUCAUCUUUACCAACAGUCUUCCCGAGGCAAGAACGAGUCCAGGACAGCCGCUGGAGAUAAGAACCAGCAAGAGGACACAACUCUCUCAAGGUCAGUGGGUUGAGUUUGGCUGUGCACCCGUGGGGCCGGAAGCCUACGUCACUGUGGUGCUGAAGCUGCUCGGCCAAGACUCGGUCAUUACCUCCACGGGACCCAUUGACCUGGCCCAGAAAUUUGGAUACAAACUGGUGACGGUGCCGGAACUCACGUGUGAGUCGGCAGUGGAGGUGAUGGUGCUGCCUCCCCCGUGCGUCUUCGUCCAGGGAGUGAUCGGGGUCUUCAAGGAGGCCCCCAGACGCCCUGGGGAAGGGACCAUCCGGCUGGCUGAAAACAGCCUGACCUUGGGAGAGAGGAGAACAGUAUUCAACUGCACUUUGUUUGACAUGGGGAGGAAUAAAUACUGCUUUGACUUCGGCGUUUCAAGCAGAAGCCAUUUUUCCACAAAGGAGAGAGAGUGCGUGCUAAUCCAGAGAAACAUAGCUUUCCAGCCAUCCAGUGCAUCCCCUCUUCAGCCCCAGGGUCCGGUGAAGUCCAACAACAUCGUGACCGUCACGGGGAUUUCCCUGUGCUUGUUCAUCAUCCUCGCCACCGUCCUCAUCACGCUGUGGCGGAAGUUCGGCCGCACCCCGAAGUGCCGCACGCCGGCUCGACACAACUCCAUCCACUCCCCCAGCUUCCGGAAGAACUCGGACGAGGAGAACAUCUGCGAGCUGAGCGAGCAGCGCGGCAGCUUCUCGGACGGGGGCGACGGGCCCGCGGGGGGCCCGGGGGACGCGGGCAUCCCCCUGACCUACAGGCGCAGUGUGCCCGCGGCUCCCGAGGACGACGCCUCUGGCAGCGAGAGCGUGCAGUCCAACGCCCAGAAGAUCAUCCCCCCGCUGUUCAGCUACCGCCUGGCCCAGCAGCAGCUGAAGGAGAUGAAGAAGAAGGGCCUGACGGAAACCACCAAGGUGUACCACGUGUCUCAGAGUCCCCUGACAGACACGGCCAUCGACGCCGCCGCCGUGCCCCCCUUAGACGUGGAAAGCCCAGACGAAGCCGCGGCAAACAAGUUCCGGAUCAAAUCCCCGUUUCUGGAGCAGCCGGCGGGCGGGGCCGCGGCCAGGCCCCCCUCCAGGCCCGACCACCCGGCGUGUCAGGCCGGUUGCGCCGUCAGCCCCAGCCAGACGGUGAUCCGCAAGUCAGCCACGAGGCACGUGGGCGGCAGAGGGGCGCUGCCGGAGAGGAGCCACCCCAGGGGCUCCCACUUCAGGAGGACCGCUAGUUUUCACGAAGCCAAGCAGGCCCGGCCGUUCCGGGAGAGGAGCAUGUCCACGCUGACUCCACGCCAGGCCCCGGCCUACAGUUCUAGGACGCGGACCUGGGACCAGGCGGAAGACAGAUUUCGGCCUCACAGUCGAGGCGCCGCCCCGUUUCCCGAGAAACCGGAAGGGGCGGGUGCAACCAGAGGUCCGUUGAGCCCUGCCCCUAAGUCCUACACCCUGGGGCAGCCCGUGAGGAAACCAGACCUGGGGGACAGCCAGGCAAGCUUCGUGGUAGGAGGCGAGAGAACAGAGCCUCACAGAUCUCGGAGGGGACCGUCCCCCAGUCACAGGAGUGUCUCAAGGAAGCAGCCUUCCCCCACUGCCCCCAAAGACAGCUACCAGAGGGUCAGCCCCCUGAGCCCUUCUCAGGGUAGAAAAGACAAGUGUCAGAGUUUCCCAGCCCACCCUGAGUUUGCCUUCUAUGAUAAUACGUCAUUUGGCCUCACUGAGGCUGAGCAGAGGAUGCUGGACCUCCCGGGCUAUUUUGGGUCAAAUGAAGAGGAUGAAACCACGAGUACUCUCAGUGUGGAGAAGUUAGUCAUCUAGACCCACGUCAGCCUGAGACUUCAUACAGCUGGGGUCCUUUGCCCAGCUCCUGGUAUCAGCUGCUCACAGAGCUCUACGGACUGUUUUGUAUAGCUGUCUGUACAUCAGGAUUGGGUGGGGAGGGAGUAACUCAAGUGUGUGCAUGUGUUUUAAUUCAUAAGGAAGAAGUUACUUAUCUUGAACGUUUCCCUUUGUUAUCCUAGUUCUAUUGGUUUAUUACUAAUAACCACAAUAAUAAAAUUUAAACAAGAGUGAAAUAGGGCUUGGUCUCUCAUGUGGAUGUGAAAGGACAAGAUGUGACUUGUACGUAUUAAGUGCUUUGAACACUUGGUUGGCAGUGUCGGACAUGAAGUAAAUUUGGAAGUCUCAACUAUAAUAAGGGCUGGAACAAAGCUAACUUUGUUUAUUAAGUUGUAAAUAAGAAUUUGACUCCUACAGGGGCAGUACUGAAUGAGUUUCAUGUUUGGCAGAUCAAGUCAAUUUUGACUGGUAUGUACUAGACUACCUAGAAAAUGCUGAUGCCACAAGAGAUUUCAGAAGAACCUUUCAUGCUAGAGUUGGGUGAUAUCUUAAUGUUUUUUAUGCAACAAAGAGUCCUGGUGACUUGACACAAAUUAGGUGAGUUGAUUCUGCUUUGGAUAAAUAAUAUAAGAAGCUGAUUGUUCAGGUAGUCAAAUGAAGACCUAUUCAUAUACUCAUUGUUUGGAGCAAAGAGUAUACAUUUUAGAAAGGAAAGUAUUGUCUCCUGAGAGAGUAUCAUCUAGAACAUGGGUAGUGAAUGCUGAUAAGGACGCUGACUGGCAUUAAGGUUCUGACCGUGUGUGCCUGGACCAGACUGGCAGCCAAGACCCCAGAGGGUGUCCUUCUGAAACCAGUGUGUAUAUGUUUCUAAAGAUGACUUUAUCAUGUUACUCAGAAAGUAUGUGAAUUAAUCUCAGGUAUAUGGAAAGCAGGUAGACUAGACUGUUUUUAGUGCUUAAGUUUUUUAAUUGGAAGAACGAAGUAAAGGAAGUAGAAAAAAAUAAGUCUUUUAGAAAUAAAUCUUUUGUUUUCUGGUUCAA